UGGAUCUCAUUUUCAUGACAAAGCAAUUAUAUGGCCCUUCCCUCCUCGUCAUUUUGACCCUGGGGGCUAAAUAUUUAAGCAGCCCCACUAACAUUCAAUCUGGGCUUCAGAUAACUUCCAUAGGCAAACGUAAAUACAAGAUUCAAGAUGGGUAAGAUUGUGUUUUUUGAGGACAAGAACUUUCAAGGCCGUCGCUACGAGUGUGACAGCGACUGUUCAGACUUCCAUACUUACCUGAGCCGCUGCAACUCUAUUCGCGUGGAGAGCAGCGCCUGGGUGGUUUACGAGCGGCCCAACUACAUGGGUAACCAGUAUGUGCUGACCAGAGGAGAGUAUCCUGAGUACCCACGCUGGAUGGGUAUCAACGACCAUAUCAGUUCUUGCAAAAUUAUCCGCUUUACAAGUGGAAUGCAGUACAAAGUUCAAUUGUACGACAAGCCCGACUUCACCGGCCAGGCCAUAGAGACCACCGAUGACUGUCCAUCUUUGCUGGAGAGGUACCGUCUGAGAGAAGUCCAUUCCUGCAAAGUUCUGGAUGGCUUCUGGAUCCUCUACGAGCAUCCCAACUACCGUGGCCACCAGUACUUCCUGGAGAAGGGCAACUACCGCAAACCAGUGGACUGGGGCGCGGCCUGUCCCGCUGUGCAGUCUUUCCGUCGAUUCACCGAGUGACCUCGGUUCAUAUCUAAUGUCCCACAAUAUUUGGGCUAUUUGGCUAUGACACACACGAAAGUGCUGGCUGAAAUAAAGUUUGGCUGGUGACUCUU